AUGGCUGAAAUAGCUGAAAACUUCAAGGAAGAGCUGACCUGCCCUGUGUGCCUGGACUACUUCAGCCGCCCAGUGACCUUAGGCUGUGGCCACAACUUUUGCCGACUCUGCCUCCUAAAGAAGUGGGGAGAAGUUGACCAACCCUGCCCUUGUCCUGAGUGCAGAAGAAGCUUCCUGAUAAGAGACUUUGAGAUCAACCAUCGACUAAGUAGGCUGUCUAAAAUGGCCAGAAAAAUUAGACCCUACUUAUUACAGCUGAAGAAAGAAAGCGCUGUGUGUGAGAGACACCAGGAGGAACAAAAGCUAUUCUGUAAGGAGGAUCAAACCCUUCUCUGUGUAUCCUGUGUCCAAACUCAGGAUCACAGUAAGCAUACAGUGUGCCCUAUAGAAAAGGCUGCUGAGUAUUCUAGGGACAAACUCCAGAAAACUUUGGAACUUCUUUGGAAAAAAGUGGAGUUAAUUCAGAACAUGUUGACUGAAGAGAGAGAAAAAAUGUUGACUUGGAAUGAACAGGCAGAUGCUUGGAGGGAGAGCACCAGAAUACAAUAUAAGAGAUUCUGUGAGUUCCUGAAAUAUGAGGAAAAGUGGCACCUUCAUCUCUUGAAAAUGGAUGAAAGUAAGAACAUGAAGAAUCUAAGAGCAAGUGAAGCCAGACUCUCUCAAUAUCUUCAGAAUUUAAAGAAGGUCAUUAUAGAACUUGAGCAAAAUGACCAAAAAACAGAUCUCCAGCUUUUGCAGGGAGUAGGAGGUCCAUUGGUGAGGAGUGAGUCCCUUUUGAGGCAUCAUCUAGAAACUACCAAUACUCAAGUAUCCAUGAUUCAAAUCACUGGAAUCUGGGAAAUGAUGAAAUUCUUCAGAGAGAAUGUGACAUUGGACACUGAAAGUGCCUGUCCCUAUCUUAUUGUGUCCGAAGAUAUGAAGACUGUCACCCAUGGAGGAUUUCAGAAGCAUAUACCAACUGGUCCCCACCAGUUUGAAGAUAGUAUUAUUUUGGGGGCUCAAAUCUUUACCUCUGGAAUGCACUACUGGGAAGUAUAUGUGGGAGAUAGUUGGGAAUGGUCAGUUGGUGUAUCUAUGACCAAGUUGGAGACCACUCUGCACAAAGGGCAGCUACCAGCAGUCUGGAUUCUAGGGCUGGGCCAGGGCGAUCUGGAGCAGAGGCUGGAGAUCAUCGGGGGCUCUGCUGGGGCAGGGCAGAAUUGGGAGAGUGAUCUGGGUCAAGCAGGUCUGGAGCAGAUGAAUGGAGGCAGGAGUGGGCAGCAAGAGCUGGGUGGACAGGGCCGGGACCAGCUUGGAAACUCAAGCCAAGGUGUGAAUUCAGUCCUGAAACUUCUAGCUAAAUCAGAGCCCAAGUCAACAAGUUUUAAGGAGUUUAUACCUUCAGGUGUGAACCAGAAAGAUGGAGCCAAGGAGGAGAGGGUGGGAAAAGGUGAAAAGCUGAAAGUGGACAGAGGAUCUUGGGAAGUAAACAAAUUCAAACAGAGAAAUCCUGAACACCCUUGA